GCGAUUCAACAGAAUUCCAGCGAAAGUUUGAUCAAGCACUUGCAAAAUAGAACUUAUGGAAUAGAGAAAAUAGUUCUUCAUGGCUGUGAAGAGUUUAAUGACGACACAUACGAAAAGUUACAGUUUGUACGGGCAUUGAGAAAGCACUACGUUGGAAUACGCCUCAAAGGUGCCUCGGCCGUGAGAUCGUGUGUUAAGAAUAUGGUGGAGGAGCAUGACGAUGUAAAUGAAUUCUUUGAAGAAGCUCCAGCAUGCGAGAAGAACUCCAAAAUUGAUAUGAACGAAUACGGUUCAAGAAAAGGCUUUGACCAUCGAGACGAAAUCAGCAUUAUAAUGUAUGUUUCUACUGGUCUUGUUGUGUUGAUGUUUGUGACAGGCUGCGUUUGGGAUUUGAUGAAGGCUAGGAAUCUUCCCAGAAAAAAAGAAGGU